CAAAUUUCAGACGGAUUAUCUGAAAGGGUUUUGCAUGAUAUUAGUUGGAUGCUACAUGUUGACAUGUGUCUAUCGAUUGUAACAGUAAAUGUUCUCAAGGAAAAGCCUGUUUAAAGACACAGUGUACAGGUUUUUUGAUUUGACCUAGAUUUGCUUUGUUUCCAGGGGGGUUCCAGAGGUUAUGUACAGGUUAACUGGUUAAUCCCACGAGAUAACUAGUCAAAUCCGCGUUUGCUAAUCCUUUUCAGACACGUAUCCUUUGAACACCGUUAAAGAGAGGAGGAGGAGGAGGAGGAGGAGGAGUUCUCCACUGCGACGUCCGUUAAACUAACAACUCGAAGGUAAGCACAACUCGACAGUUUUUUUUAGUCAGACAUGUUUGAGACUGAACGCAAACUCAUUUAUUUUCCGUAAAAUGAUACUAGUUUGGUCUGAAAGAAUACAGAAUAAACUUGAAAUAGCGAAAUGGAUAGGUGACGAGGCUGCUGGUGAAUGUGAAAGGGUCACUUCUUUUUCGGCAGCAGCACCAUUAAGUGCCUGUGUGCAGCUCCUCAGGGCAUGAAACUUCAAUCCAAGUUUGCACCGAGGAAGGAAGCGACAACAUGGCACUCUGCGGAAGAAGGAUCCGACCCAAGAUACUUUUCUCCGUCUUGAGUGUCACUUUAGUGGGAUACCUAGUGUUUUUUAGACACAACUCCGUGGACUUGAGUGUGACAACCCGUCGAGAGGCCCCUGGGGAGCGAGAGGUGGGGAAUGAAUUGCUAAAGAAACCCGUGUACGAGAGGCCCCCCUUGGAUUUAAAUGCCCUGGGUGAAAUGGGGAGAGCUGUCAAGCUGAGUCUGACAGGAGAGGAGAAGAGAAAAGAGGAGGAAAGCAUCAAAAAGCACCAGAUUAACACUUAUGUCAGUGAUAAAGUGUCGCUACACCGCAGGCUGCCGGAGAGAUGGAACCCACUUUGCAAAGAGGUGGAGUAUGACUACAGGUCCCUUCCAACGACCUCCGUUGUCAUCACCUUCUACAACGAGGCCUGGUCCACCCUGUUGAGGACGGUCCACAGCGUGCUGGAGACGUCGCCCGACAUCCUUCUGAAAGAGGUGGUGCUGGUGGACGACUACAGCGACAGAGAUCAUCUGAAGGGGCCAUUGGAGCAGCACAUCUCAGGUUUGAGGAAGGUGCGUUUGAUCCGGGCCACCAAGAGGGAGGGGUUGGUGCGUGCCCGGUUGCUAGGGGCAUCCACUACCACGGGUGAUGUGCUGACCUUCUUGGACUGUCACUGCGAGUGUCAUGAAGGCUGGUUAGAGCCUCUGCUUCACAGGAUCAAAGAGGAGCCUUCGGCGGUGGUGUGUCCUGUCAUUGAUGUGAUCGACUGGAACACCUUCCAGUAUUUAGGGAACUCUGGUGAACCUCAGAUUGGAGGCUUUGAUUGGCGUUUGGUCUUUACCUGGCACACUGUCCCAGAAUAUGAACAGAAACGCCGCCGAUCGGCUAUUGAUGUCAUCAGGUCUCCAACUAUGGCAGGUGGUCUGUUUGCUGUGAGCAAGAACUACUUCCAUUACCUGGGGACGUAUGACACAGGCAUGGAGGUGUGGGGGGGAGAGAACCUGGAGUUCUCCUUCAGGAUUUGGCAGUGUGGAGGCAGCCUGGAGGUCCACCCAUGCUCCCAUGUGGGUCACGUGUUCCCUAAAAAGGCCCCCUACUCACGGAGCAAAGCUCUGGCGAACAGUGUGAGAGCCGCUGAGGUCUGGAUGGAUGAAUACAAAGACAUCUACUACCAUCGGAACCCCCACGCACGACUGGAGGCCUUUGGAGAUGUGACAGAGCGGAAGAAGCUCAGAGAGAAGCUGGGCUGUAAGAACUUCAGGUGGUAUCUGGAUAAUAUUUACCCCGACAUCAGCAUCCCAGAGGAUCAUCCGGGCCAGUUUGGAAUGCUGAAGAGCGGCAGCAAAUCCAACUACUGCUUUGACUACAACCCUUCAGACGAACACAUGGUGGUGGGACAGAGAGUCAUCCUGUACCAGUGUCACGGCAUGGGUCAGAACCAGUUCUUUGAAUACUCCACAGAGGGGGAGAUCCGCUAUAACACCAGGGAACCUGCCGGGUGCAUUGUGGGUGACCCCAUCAGCACCUACCUGACUCUCCAGCUGUGUCGGAAACGAGGACAACCCAUACCUGCAGACCAGAAAUUUGUCCUCCGGGAGGACGGGAACCUGUACCAUGAACUGAGUCAGAAGUGUGUCCAGGCAGUAGAGAAGACAGAAAACGGGACCCCAGCCCCCUCGCUCCAGCCCUGCUCCGACAGCCCCCACCAAAAGUGGUUCUUUGAGGAAAGAAUGUAAUGGUAUCAAGCGAGAAGAUAUUUAUGAUUUUCCUUCAGGGCUGAGAUCCUGUGAAGGGAUUUGUUCUCCUCACAUUUGUGUGCCAGCUGGACUCAAUGGACCAAUUGGUAAUGAUACCAACGACAAGUACUUAAUUUCUGAAGUACUUUGUAAAUAUAUAGGGGGAUAUUUUUUCUGCGAUGCUGUUGCUGGGAGACAGGAGCCUACUGAAAUAUGUAUUGAUUUUUCUAAUCAAGAAGACACUUGAUAAUUAUUGAGAACCUGCAAUUUCACAUGCUGAUGUGUGUCUUGUUUUCUCCUUUGCCCACUCCUCUAGUGGUGUAAUCUUUAAGCUCAAUUUAGCACUUGCUUUACGCAUACAUGGGCACUGAAAUGCCUUUGCGUAUGUCUUUAUGAAAAUAACCGUUUUACAUCUCUUCUAACAAACUCAGAGCCUCUUUCUGUGUGUGCUAGUGGCUGACAUUUGCAGAGCUGCAUCAUGAGGCAUUUGACAUGUUUCUAGUUCUCCUGUAGAGGGGGCCAACGCUCCUCUCCGCAAGUUCCUCUCCUUCACUGUGUUCUCUUUUUGUAGAGAGAAAGUUGGAGAAAUAUUCAGGUAUUGUGUUAGGAAUCUUUAGUGCUUUAUACUCUUACACAGCAGUGGCUUAGGAAAAGCCUUACAUCACAGGCAUUAUGCCAGUACCCAGUACUUCUUUAGCUUAAUCGCCUAACUACUGAUAACAGAGACUCCAGCUCGGUUCUCACUGAAGUCACUUUGCUGUUUAAAUGAAACUUUGAGGUAAAAUGAAAAUCGGGAGGUUUUGUACUUUCUUUUCUACCUUGUUCUCAAUGUAAUGUACUUGCCUCUGUCAUGUGCUCUUUAAAUUAUAAAUACUAUAUACUUUAAUUUUAGACAAGUGGAAAUGUGUUCACUUAAGGGUCAUGAGUGCAAAUUGCAAUAAUACCACCCUCUUCCCCAUCUUACUUGUACACUUGACGUCCAUACGGAGUGCCUUAAUGUAAAUCCCUCGAGGAGGAUGUUUCUGUACUGAAUCUAAACCCCCCCCCCCCCCCCCCGAGUGCACAGGUACAACUCUGGUAGUUGUACUGAUUUGUGCACACCGCCUCCUGUUUCCAUCCGUCAGCACCAGACGGCUAUAGAUCUCCCUGUUGUUGCGGUCACUUGUGUGGCUCUCCCUCAGGCUAUGGCGAGGGACCGAGGGAGGCGCAGCUGAGGAGGACACAGUUGUUGGUUGUCUCCGGAGCGCCGGGCUGCCAGAUGGCUUCUUGAUUGAUUUUCUGGUCCUCUCCCACUUCUUUAUCACCAGCUCUCCCUCUCCGUGUCAGAGGUGUGUGCAGCACAAGACUUAUCUUUGGGACUCGCGCCAGCCCAAUCCUCCUCAGACGAGCACUUGUUACUCGUCUGCUUGAGGUUUGAUUUUAUGGAUGGAAACCAUCAAGAGUACAGUUUUUUGGUAGCAGGAGCAGAUAAUAGAGGAGCCUGAAUGAAGCAAUUUGUGACCUCCUCCUUACCAUUAACCUUCACAAGCUGCUGGCCCUUGCUCUGAAAGGAGCUUUGUUGGAAAACUAUCGUACUGAAACAUGAAUGUAAACUCUAAGAAGGAUAAAUAGAAGAUGGGAAAACCCAAUUUUGCCAGUCCCACAGUGCAAUCGGAAUCCUUUCAUUUGCCAAAUAUUAUGAAUGAAUGCAUGAACAGUGUAACAUCUGUGCGUAUGAGCUCAUAUACAAGCCUUAAGGGACAGCGCACGAUGGGCUUUACUGUAUUUCUUGUAUUUAGUGCAGUGUGCAGGGCAUUGUGUCGUGUGAGAGCUGAACUGUGCUGGAUAAAAGGCACAAAAGAAGAUCCAAGAAUAUUGAAAGACAGACAUAAUUUGUGGGGGGAAAGUUCCCAGUAAUCCAUAAAAGCUUUUGCGGGCGUGUGAGUGCUACACGAUAGUGCAAACAGAGCUAGCUGAUAAGUGGAAUUGACCAAAUGACUGUAGGAGAUUAUAGCCCGCUCCAUGAAGGGAAGGAGUUGGGCAGCUGUGUCGGCAUUGUAUAGAUGUUUUUGGUGAUAAAGCUUGAUCUCUUAUUAACAUAGGAACAUCAAAUAACCCAAAACUGGUGGGUUUUUUUAGGUGUUCACAGGCCGGGCCACGUCCCUGCUGGGAUUUAAGACCUAAAAAAAAAGCUGCUUCACGAGUGUUAACCCUCAGAGAUUGGAUCGAACAGGAGAAAUCUCCCCUUUUAAUAUAGUGCUCAUGCUUUAUGUAUUGAACACUUAAGAAGUGACAGAUUUUCCAUUCCUAUCAGUUUGUGUCUUUAGCCUGUGAGUGCAGUAUAAAUAUUCUGUCUGUUAUUAAAAGGGUUAUUUAUUGUCCCCUGUGGCCAUCUGUUAUGCCAGACAUGUCCUCCAUAGUAAAAUACAAUUUACGCUGCAGUUACAUUGUAUGCUAAUUUGUUACAGGACACUUGGCUGCAAUAAAACUGAUAUUCUCCAGUGGAGGAUCAUAUCUCUCUGGCAGGUCAUACAGUGCUUUUAUAUCAGCUAAGCCCGGGUCGUAAACAGUUGUGGUUUUCCGUGGAUCUGUGGAGCGCUUGAACCUGUAAAGUAGCAGAUUAUCGCCCAACAUUAAUGGACCGUGCAGGGAUGCUUUCCAAUACCAUGAACAUAUCUUCUGUUAAUAAUGAUGCAAAUCCCACUGGAGACAUUUCAGCUGUGGUAAACAUGCACGAAUAACAAUGCUGGAAUCCAACACUGUGACUGGUGUAAUAAUGCUGUCAGUAACUCCAGUGGCCUUAUGUUGUAAAAAGGAAAGUGAAGGAUGUGAUUAACAAUGCUUACUAGUUGGAUACAUUAAACGGACCAUAUCUGAUGUCAAUGAAAUCCUAUAGCUGUUUGUUAAUUGUAAAGUAAGUAGACAUAAAUAUGCUGUUGAAAAAGAGUGUGAGUUUUUGCUUUAAAGGGGCCCUAUGCUGCUCAUUUUCAAGGUUCAUAAAUGUAUUUUGUCCUUCUACUAUGAAAUGCUUUAAUGUUCAAAAAGCUCUUUAUUUUUCUCAUACUGCCUGUGCUGCAGCUCCUCUUUUCACCCUCUGUCUGAAACCAGAGUCCAGCCUGCUCUGAUUGGUUAGCUGGCCAGCUCUGUUGUGAUUAAAGACAGACAUAAUUUCA